AAUCCACUUAGAUCGUUCCGUAAUUCAGAGCAGCAGCUGCGGCUUCAGGGAGAUUUUUAACUCUACAAUUAUGAGUGAAUCACUGGUUGUGUGUGAUGUGGAUGAAAAUCUGGUGAAGAAGCUGAAGGAGUUCCGCUUCCGGAAGGAAACCAAUAAUGCCGCCAUCAUCAUGAAGAUUGAUAAAGACAAGCAGCUGGUUAUUCUUGAUGAAGAGCAUGAGGACAUAUCUCCUGAUGAGCUAAAGGAUCUCCUGCCUGAGCGACAACCCAGAUUUGUCGUCUACAGUUAUAAGUAUUUUCAUGAUGAUGGACGGACAUCCUUUCCGCUCUGCUUCAUCUUCUCCAGUCCAGUGGGUUGUAGACCAGAGCAGCAGAUGAUGUACGCAGGAAGCAAAAACAAACUGGUGCAAACGGCUGAAAUGACCAAGGUUUUUGAGAUCAGGAACACAGACGACCUUUCAGAGGAGUGGCUCAAAGAGAAACUUGGAUUCUUUCGCUAAAGCCGUCUCAUCCGUAGGUUUGGGAUGCGAGGAAGAUCCUGAAUGCACAACCUGCAUCAUCUUUCCAGAAGAACACAGAUGUUACCUUCCUCUGGGUGGACCUGAUUUAAAUAGUCUUUGCAUGUAAUCUGUCAUCAGCGGCCAUAUUGAUGGGGUUUAAGAUGAUUUUUUAUUACAGAUCGACAUGUAUCAGAAGGUUGAGACAGUUAUAGCAGUUAUAGUAUCUAAACCCGUUUGGUCGCCUCAGUCUGCAAAUGCUAUUUGACGCAGGCCUGCCUUUGCCUCCAUCUCUCCAUGUGCCAGUGUGAUGUGUCUGUACUGAAUUAACACUCCCAUAGAUCUUAAAGUGAACAGAAAGUAAACGUGCGUGUCCGCCUUACCGACUCAUGCUCAUCCAGGAGAAUCUUCCUAACGAGUUUCUGUUUCCUUAAGAAGUUUACGACUUUGUAACUGAGACCUUCCUUAGUUUAUCUGUUUUUUUUUUUAAAACCUUUUUCCCAUGUUUUUUUUUUGUUGUAAAUCUAGUCUGUUUUUAUUUUUUAUAUUAUUUCUGCUUGUAAGUUAGAUAUAAGUUUUACUUAGAGCUACGUUUCCUUUUUCCUUCCUACCAGAUUAGUUUAAAUGGUCGUUGCUAGAACUUUGAAAACACUACUGAUCUCUGUCAGUCUCCCCAGGAGCAGCCUUUGCACCAACUUAACUUUUUUACCUUUUGUCCCAUUAAGCUCAGACUCGGUCUCGACUGUCCUGUUUGUUAAAUAAUCUUCUGAAACAAACGGCUGACAUUUUCACGGAUAUUUACUUCUAAUCUGACAUUUGAGGAUUUUUCUGUAGGUUUAAAGGGGCAAUAAACACACAUCAGUGGCAGCUGCUGCUCUCUGAAACUGGAGGCUCUAUGGUGUUAAUUAAAUCCAAACAUCACCUACUGCAUUAAAAAAUUGAAACGCAUAAAACACAUCAUGCGUGAAAAUAGCUGUUGUGAAGCGCUCUGAAAUAAUAAACUCCCAAAAACAAUGGCAGGAGUUCAGAACCAGAUGACUGAUCUGACUGAUAACUUUUCCCUCAAAUUACGUGGAAAACCUCCUCGCUGUCUGACCGCUGUCAGUCAUAUGUCCUUGAAUAUGUUAGCCAAUCAGCAUCGAGCAGCUAGCUGCUCUAUAGAGGUUUAGCCUCACUGGAAAUGACGUAUUUUGGCUUGUUAUCCAAUCAGGGCUCUACGUUCUCGCUGCUUACCUCAGUAGACGGAGGCUCAAACCUCAACAAGGUCCCUGCUGAUUCAGCGCGGCCUCAACAGCUGAUCAAUGGCGGCAUCCUCAUGAAAUCCGCCAUAUUUUAGUGCAUAUUUAAUGCAGUUUAAUCAGCACUGUUAUGAAGUCUGACAAUGCAUAUUUUACCAAUCAUUUACAGGGGACUUUUGCCUCACUAGCAUUCAAUGAGAAAUCCCCACUGAUUCACAUGCAUGCCACACUUUUCAGAUUUCUAUUUUUAAAAGAUUUUUUUUUUUAUCGUGUAUUUUCUUAAUUCACUUUAUUUUGGUCCUUCAAAGCGGCUUUUAAAAUGUUAGGGAAUUGAAUAUUGUUUACAAAUGUAAAGGUAAAAAAAACAAAGGAUUGGUUAUGUGGAUUUUUUUGCGCACUAUCUUGAUUCCAGCACUACAAGUUAUCAUAUUUUUUAAAAAUAGAAAUUUAAAAUAAGCAAAGAUGACUCUUAGGUCUGUAAAUGUUUGUGAUCCCUCCUUGGCCUUUCACAUAAAACACCUAGAAAUGACAGAUUGCAGUUUUAAUGUUGCAUCUUGCAGAAAAGCUUAAAGCUCUUUUGGAGGACUGCAGCCUGUUGGUUUGACUUUGGAUGUUUUAUUCCGGUUAAAUGGAGAGAAUAGGCCAAGCAUGGAUAUAAUCUUUGAUCUGCAUGUUGGUCACUCGGUUCAUAUUCAGGGUACAACGUUUCCAAAAACAUUCCAGAUGCAAACUUUUUUAUUUUGACGUGGAUGGUAACAUGUGCCCGUCUUUAAUCUACUGGAUUACCGUCUCUUUACAGGAUAUAUUAUCGUCCAUUAGAAUUCCUGCUGUUUACUGAAUGUUGAUUGAUGCUCAUGUAAAGCCACUUUAUUUGCCUCGUUGCUGCUUCAGCCUGCAGAAUAAUGUUGCAACUCCACAGAAGGCUGGUUGUGCUUUAUGUUUUUGGAUGUUUAAACUUUCAGUGAAAAUCCAGUAUAGCUUCUUUAUUCUGACGUUUAGCAGCUGAUCAUUUAAAGUUCCAGUUUUCAAGCCCUGUGUCUAGUCACUGACUAUAAAAUGAGUUUCAGUUCAUCUAUAUUCUGUUCCAGAGCAGGAUAUUAGUUUUUCUGUACAUCCUGGAUCUGAUGCAAAGUACAAUGAUAAGCCGCCCGUCUGUAUCACCAUCUUACUAUUCUGUCGCCCUUCCCACGAUUUAAAACUAACAAAUAUUCAUUGUGAUUCCAGAGAAGUGGCGUAGUGAGUCAGGUUUAAUCUGGUUUAGGUUAAAGCAGUGGUGCCCUUCCUCCACCUGUUACUGCACAUUGCAAGUGUGC